AUGUGCCCGGUUGAUACCAGUACAAGUACGAGGACAGAAGCCACUGUUGUUUGUUUGACAACGCCCUCAGUGCUGGCGGCUGCCCUUCCAAGUGCAACGGUGGCUCUAAGUGGCCCGCUGAGUGCAUUAGCCAGGCCACUGGCGCCUCGCGUAAUGGAUACGUUUGGACGGUCCGCUCAAUAG